GAUUCCGCCUCUGGGGCUGGGAGCCUCCGCGUCUCCGUCUCUGGUCUCUCUGGGGCGCUUGUGGGGCGGCGUCCAUGGGCUCCGCUGGGCUCCCCCUGAUGCUGCUGCUGCUGGUAGUUGGAGCGCUGGCCCGGAUCCCCGGAAGCGAAGGGGGGCAGGAGACCCCCACCCAUUUCCUGGUCCAGUGGAAGUUCGAGUGCCGCUUCCUCAACGGGACGCAGCGGGUGCGACUCCUGAUCUGGUACAUCUACGACCGGCAGGAGAUCGCCUACUUCGACAGUGACCGCGGGAAAUACGUGGCCGUCACUCCGUUGGGGCAGCCCGCUGUGGACAAGUGGAACAGCGAUAAGGUCCUCCUGCAGAUCAAGAAGGCCAAAGUGGAUUCCUUCUGCCGGCACAACUACGAGACAGCCAAGACCGGUCAGAUGGUGGGCCGGAGAGCCAAGCCCACCGUCUCCAUCUCCCCCACCAAGCUGGAUCCCACUUCCCCUAACACCAUCCUCCUCUGCAUCGCGAGGGGCUUCUACCCCGUGGAGAUCGAGGUCCGGUGGCUGAAGAACGGGCGGCCGGAGGAGGAGGGCGUGGCCUUCGGGGAGGAGCUCCAGAACGGAGACUGGACCUACCAGCUCCAGGUGAUGCUGGAGACCCAGCCCCAGCGGGGGGAUGUCUACACCUGCCAAGUGGAGCAUGCCAGCCUGGAAGCCCCCAUCACCGUCCAAUGGGAGCCCCGAUCCUCCAACUCGGCCAGGAGCAAACUCUGGACGGGGAUCGUGGCAGCCGUGAUCGGGGUGAUCUUCUUUGCCAUGGGGCUCUCCCUCCACCUGAAGAGCAAGAAAGCAACUCCCAUCCAGCCUCCUGCAGAACUCAUGAAUUAAUCUGCCGUCCUUCCUGAUUCCUGAUUUUUUUUCAUUAGCUGACAGAAUUUCUGACUUUUUGCAACCUCUGAAAAAUGGAGGCUCAAGAUUUUAGAUUAGGGAGAGGAGGUGAAUGGCAGCCUGGAGCUUCUCCUGCUGAGACUUCCCUGGCUUUCCUUUGAAGUCCACUGUUUCUAGUGAGGGAGGGGUGGAGACCAUCUAGACUGACCCCAGGGACUGUGGGCCUGCCUGUCAAUCCAGACACGCAAAUAUCUUCUGGCUUUAAAUCCACAGCAGUUUCAUCUCCAUUAGUCUUCCUACGAAUCUCUUC